AUGCCGGGAACCGGAGGCGCGACCGUCCUGGACGACCUUCCAGAGUGGAUCGUUGUCGAAGAGAUCCUCGUCCGUUUGCCACCCAAGGACAUCCUCCGCUGUCGCGCUGUCUGCAGGUGGUGGCACAGCGCCACCUCCACCGACAAGUUCAUGCUGGAUCACCACCGCCGCCAGCCCUUGCUCCCGAUCCUCAGCCACGUCGUCGUUCCGCAGAAAGCCCGCCUCCUGUUUUCCUUUGAUGCCGGUGCAGGCCAGCAAAAACUCUGCCCUGUCGUCCGGACCUAUGACUACGGUAAACUGCAGACCGCCUGUGAUGGCCUCCUCGUUGUCUCCCACGGAUCCAUGACGGAUAAGUUCAUCUGCAACCCUGUCACCCGCAAGUCUGCCCGCCUAGCAAAGCCUCAGGCCCAACGGGGUUUUUACCACCAGAUUAUCGGCUUCUACCGGCACCAACCAUCCAGAGGAGAAUUCCGAGUGCUAUGGAUCUCUAGGCCGACGACCUACAAUUCAUACGACACAAAUUACAGAACUUUCUACUACGUCAUAGUGGUGGGAUCCGAUAAUACAAGAUGCAUCAGACAAGGAUGCAUCCCACAACCAACAUCCUCGCCGCCUUCCUUGGAUCUGGCUUUACGCAGGGGCCUGCCUGAUUCGUCCCAGUAUCCACCAGUCCACCACCGUGGCGGCCUGCACUGGAGACUUAGAAGAUACCACGGCUCCGAUGCGGACUACAUAAUGGUGUUCAACACAGCAGCUGAAACAUUUCGAUUGAUGUGUCGUCCUGCCCGAUUGGGCAACUGCUUACAUGAGUCAUUGCUGGAGAUGGAUGACACUCUUGCUUUGUGCAGCAUCUGCAGUGACAAACACACCAUAGACUUUUGGGUGCUACAGGACUACGAUGCUGAAACGUGGUCUUUCAAGCAUCGGAUUAAUUUGAUUGGGGUGGAUCCAUCAGCGCUUGUUGAUCCAGAGGUCAUAAUAUCCCCUAGUAUGGCUGUUCUCAGUGGGGGUGAGAUGCUGAUUCGGUUUACUCAUAGGGGUGUGUUGCAUUUUGAUGUUGAUGGCAAGUUUUUAGGAUAUGUGAAAAGCCAAGAUGGCCAAGAAAUCAAUUUGUGGGUUACCGGGCAUUACCUCCAGGAGAGCAUUAUUCCCGGUCCACUGUUCCAUGAGAUGAGAGAAGAUGAUGGUGCGAACCAGGAGCCUCCAUUUUUUGUAGUACUGUAG